CACACCAAAACGCAACAAAACCGAAAAAGUCACUCACUCACUCACUAUUCUAGCGAGUUGGCAACAACCAGCUAAGCCGGUGAACCGGUAAACUCUUUCAAAGUUCAAAGGGUCCUCAGCGCCGUACACACUAUAUAAGUAUUUCUUGACGCAUCGUAACCAUUGGCGUUUCAGUUCAUUCAUUCAUAUUUUCCACUCCCUCUUUCGCCACUCUCGAAAUCCGUGCACUGAUACUCAGAGACAAAGAUGAAAGAGAGAAGGAAGUGAAACGCAGGACAGCCUUGCCGUUUUUGAUAGGCCGCUAAACGACGAAGCAAAACGCGUUCAUAACAGAAGAAAGAAAGAAAAGAGUAACUGACAACUGUACCAGUAGAAAAAUCAUCGACGCGAAAACGAGAAGCACGUUUUCUCAUAAACCUCGCACUGAAUUAUUAUUGCGGUUUCUUUUAUUCAGCGACUCGCUGAAGCGGUGAAUUAAACAAACCGAAGCGUGAAGAGAAGGUUCUGGAAGAAGCGGAUGGGAAAAUCGACGAAUAAUAACAGAGACUGGACGCAGAUGUACGCGAUCUACGGAAUGGAGCAAUGGCAGACCCUAAUUUUCCUCUUGUGUCAGGCGAUGCUGUUUUCUGUGUUGUCUGUUUUGUAUCUUCUUUACUUCGAUCUUGUGUGUAACUUUUUCGAGAGGAUCUUUUCCGGCGCCGGCGGAGGCACGGCGAGAUUCGCGGCCGGAAUUACCGGCUCGGUGACGGCGCUCUCCGCGCUGUGCCUCUUCUUCGCGGCGGCGAACUUCUUCUACUCGUCGGUGCCGCUGCACUUCGACAUGGCGCAGCGCAUCGUCUCCGCCGUGCACGACUGGUCGUCGGUGAAGCUGGCGCUGGACCUCGGCUGCUGCGGCCGCGGCAUCCUCCUGAACGCGGUGGCGACGCAGCUGAAAAAGGAAGGGAGCUCCGGCCGCGUCGUCGGCCUCGACCGCACGAAGCGGACGACGCUGUCGACGCUGCGCGCGGCGAAGAUGGAAGGCGUCGGCGAGUACGUGACGUGCCGCGAGGGCGACGCGCGGCGGCUGCCGUUUCCGGACAACUACUUCGACGUGGUGGUGUCCGGCGUGUUCGUGCACACCGUCGGGAGGGAGUACGGCGCGCGGACGGCGGAGGCGGCGGCAGAGAGGAUGCGCGCGGUGGCGGAGCUGGUGAGGGUGAUGAAGCCCGGCGGAGUAGCAGUGGUGUGGGACCUACUGCACGUUCCGGAGUACGUGCUUCGGUUACAGGAAUUGAAGAUGGAAGAUGUGAGAGUCUCCGAGCGUGUAACCGCCUUCAUGGUCAGCAGCCACAUCGUAUCAUUCCGGAAGCCCAGUCAGCACGUGCAUGGCCCCGCCGAAGUUCGCUUGGAUUGGAGAUUAUGCUGACGUGGAUUUUUUAUUUUUCAUACUAAAUAGACAAAUAUUAUUACAUAUAUAUAAUUAUAAAUAUAAAUACAUAUUACACCGAGAACUGUUUUGUUAUUUUUCUUUUAAAAAAAAGAUAUGAGUGGAUAUCUGAGAAGGUAAAGUUAUGGCUGGGGAGGCGAAGUCGAACCAGAUGUUGAAAAAAAAAUUAUAUGUAAAAAAAUGAGAAGCGGAUAAUGUAAUAAUGUGAUGACAGAUUUGGAGCCAGAUUUUUGUAUAUGGUGAUGGUUAUAUAGAUAGCAAUGAAAUUGUAGCAGUUUUGAUGUA